AACCUUUUUCCCCCAAACCCCACCCACCCACGCGCGCACCAGCCACCCCCCACUAUGGCGGCGGCGGCGGCGGCGUCUCCAGCCACCGCGCCCUCCUCCUUCCCCUCCGCCCGCGCCCACAAGCCGACGCUCCUCUCCCUCCGCGUCUCGACCAAGCUCAGACCCUCCGCCGCGGCGGCAUCGGCGGCAUCCGACCCGGCCCCGGCCUUCAGGUCCGUCACGGCCUUCGCGCCGGCGACGGUGGCGAACCUCGGCCCGGGCUUCGACUUCCUGGGCUGCGCGGUCGCCGACGCCUCGCUCUCCCUCGGCGACACAGUCACGGCCACCCUCGACCCCUCGCUGCCCGCCGGCGCGGUCGCCAUCUCCUGCAUCACCUCCCCGUCCCGCCCGCGCCUCGCCGACCGCCUCUCCCGCGACCCGCUCCGCAACUGCGCGGGCAUCGCCGCCGUCGCCGCGCUGCGGGCCCUCGGCGUGCGCUCGCACGGCGUCUCCCUCAGCCUCACCAAGGGCCUGCCGCUCGGCUCCGGGCUCGGCUCCUCGGCCGCGUCCGCGGCCGCCGCCGCCAAGGCCGUCGACGCGCUCUUCGGGUCCCUGCUCCCCCGCGACGGCCUCGUGCUCGCCGGCCUCGAGUCCGAGAAGGCCGUCAGCGGCUUCCACGCCGACAACAUCGCGCCGGCCAUCCUCGGCGGAUUCGUCAUGGUGCGGAGCUACGAUCCCUUCUGCCUCGUCUCGCUGCCCUGCCCGCCGGCGCUCCGCCUCUGCUUCGUGCUCGUCACCCCGGACUUCGAGGCGCCGACGAGCAAGAUGCGCGCCGCGCUGCCGAAGAACAUCGCCAUGGGCCACCACGUGCGCAACUCCAGCCAGGCCGCCGCGCUCGUCGCCGGCGUGCUGCAGGGCGACGCCGCCCUCAUCGGCUCCGCGAUGUCGUCCGACUUCAUCGUCGAGCCCACCAGGGCGCCCCUGAUACCUGGCAUGGCCGCGGUGAAGGCCGCCGCUCUUGAAGCCGGAGCGCUGGGGUGUACCAUCAGCGGAGCAGGCCCGACCGCAGUAGCUGUCAUUGAGGGAGAGGAGAAGGGGGAGGAGGUCGCCCGGAGGAUGAUCGACGCCUUCCUGUCGGUCGGCAAGCUGAAAGCGACCGCCACCGUCGCUCAGCUCGACAGAGCCGGCGCCAGGGUCAUCUCCACCUCAAAUUUGGAGUAGAAACUAGAGAGACUUUGGUGCUCCGUUCCCAUUCGUGUAUCGGCCUGACGGUGUGUACUAGCCUCUCCCCCGAGUUUUGUUUUCCCAUGUAGUAGUAAACUGCUGGGGUUGCGGCCCCAUUGAUCCCAAUAAGCUGGUGUGAUGUAGUUGAAUAGAGCAUCAUUUGGCAUGAUUGUUGGCAUCCAAUCCUGUCUUGUUGUAAUCUGAGUUAAUUUCGCACACUGGAUGAAUAAAAUGCAGUUGAUUUGAGGCA